AUGGCGUUUUAUGUUAUUCGAAACUCGCAGCUCUUUCUUCUGUCUGCACUCUUGUUGGUAACAGUUUUAGCAUGUCAUGACCCAGCACAUGCAGCAAACGUUACCUAUAGCCAAAGUAUUGAAACUCAAUUCGUAAAUCCCUCUGAUUAUCCAGCAACAAACGUUGCCUCUUUCGGUUCGAAUCUGAAACUUUAUUGGAAACUCUUAAAAAACGAAAAGAGUUCAGAUAUUAAUAAUGCCAUUCUAGAAUUUGGUGCUGUUGCUCUUCGUACUAAAGGUUACCUUUCCUUUUGUUUUGGUUAUUUAAGUGGAGAUCCAAUGAAGGGAGAUACCAUCUUUGGUUUCUUCAAUCAAGCUUCAGGUAGCAUCACUGUUAUGGACGCUUGGAUGACUAACAAACCUGCACCACCAACCAGUGAUCCCUCUGAUGAUAUCAUCCAGAAGAAUGGAGGGUUUCGAACAGUUAAUGGAAUAUCCGAAACUCACAUGAAAUGGACACGUUUCGUCAAGACCAACGAUACUAGAGAUGUUGUAUUUACUAACACUGCCAUGAGAAUGUCCUGGGCUAUUCACUCAACUAGUACUUCAAUGGUGGAACAUACCAGUCAAGGAAGUGGCACAACUGUUAACUUUCUUUCGGCUGGAUUCGUAACUGGUGAAUAUGGAAAGCUUCCACAACCACCAGUGAUUGCAACAGGAGGUGGAAAUAACUGUUCACUUCCAACUGGAUAUUCACAAAGUAUUUUAACUCAGUGGGUCAAUUCUGCUGAUUAUCCUGCAGCUAAUUACAAGUUAGUUGCUAAUUAUGGAACAUCUGAUUCUUUGAAAUUGUAUUGGAAAGUUUUGACCAAUCCAAAUGAUGCCAAUAAUCCAAUUAUUGAAUUUGGAUUGUUGGCUACAGGUAUUUAUGGUUAUGCUUCACUUGGUUUCAAUCAUGGAGCUAGUUCAGGAAUGCAAACUGCUGAUACCAUGUUUGGUUAUGUAGAUUCAACUGGUAAGGCAGUGAUUAUUGAUGCUUACAUGCAAGGAAAUUUGCAAGCACCAGCUCCAGACACCACUCAAAAUUUUAUUUCAAGCAAUGGUGGUUUGAGAUCUGUCAAUGGCAAUUAUGAACUCCAUUUGAAAUGGACACGUUUGGUAAAUACUAAGGACGCUAUGGAUUAUACAUUCAGCAAUGCACAAAUUCCAAUUUCAUGGGCUCUUUCCAAAACUUCUACUUCCAUUACUUCUGUUCACAGUUACAGAGACAAGAAUGUCAUGAUUAAUUUCAUGCAAAAUGGAGCUUCCACUGAAAUGGCAGCUCCUCCUGGCAGUAGUUUGGCAUGUGGAUCAAGUAGUGGUUCACAAACUGGAACUGUUGUCAUUGAUGAAGGUUUGAAAUUAGCAAAUUCCUACAGAUGGCAUUUGAUUGCUACUGCAUUCAUUUGUGGAUUGUUGGUCAUUGGUGGAUUCUUAUUGAGUGUGAUUGGACCAAGAGUGAAUCCAAAUCUAUUCCUUGAUUUGAUCUUGUACAGAAGAUUGACAAAACAAGUCAAUUUGAAAUUUAUUGGAAUUUACAUUAAUACCAUUUUAGAUUUAACAUUGGGUGAAGCUGUUGUAAUUUCAUGUUAUUGGAUUCUUGUGGCCAUUUGGUUUGCAUUUGGAUAUGUGAAUGCAACAUCAGCAGAAGCUGGAAAAGCAUUUGCCUCUGUUUGUGUUUUCAAUUUUGGAUUAAUUUUAUUUCCAGUCACAAGAUAUUCAGUUUUACAAGUUUUAUUUGGAAUUUCAUUUGAUAGAGCAAUUAAAUAUCACAGAUGGUUGGGUAUUUUACAAUGGUUUUUUGUAACUGCUCAUGGAAUUGCAAUGGUUGUUCAUUAUAAUGCAUCUGGAUUAUAUUUAGUUGAUGUGACAUCUCCAACAUUUCCAAUUUUGGGAAUUAUUGCAUGGUUUUUCAUGACUAUACUUUGGUUAAUGACAUUCCCAGUCAUAAGAAGAAAGUUGUGGGAAGUCUUUUUAAUUUCACAUGUCAUCUUAUCCAUUUUAAUUGUCAUUUUAUCAAUUAUUCAUGGUUCUGGAUAUAUUAAUUUAUUACCUUAUAUGGCAUUAUCAAUUUUAUUAUAUCUAUUUGAUGUAUUUUUGAGAGUGGUAUUUGGAUUUGGUGUUCCAACCAAAAUUGAUUCAAUCAAAUAUGAUGAAAAGAGUCAAGUUACAACCAUUACAAUGAGAAAACCAUUCCUAACAUUUGGUAGUAAUCCUUCAAUGGGACAUUUCAUAUUCUUAUAUAUUCCUGCUGUUUCAAAAUAUCAACACCAUCCAAUCACAGUUAGUAGUUGUAAGGAAAUUGAUGGUGGAAUGAUUAAAAAGAAGGAAUUGGAAUUUACAGUUCAUGUCAAGAAUUUUGGAAGUGGAUGGUCAAAACAAGUUGCAAAAGUUGCUCAAGAGAAGGCUCAAUCAGCCAAUGAAUUAAUUUGUAGAGUUGAAGGUGCUUAUGGAUCAUUAUCAGUUCCAUUAUUGAGAUACAAGACAAUUGUCAUGUUUGGUGGUGGAAUUGGUAUUACACCAGUUCAUUCAAUUUAUUCACACUUGUUGGAAAAGAAUGUUCAAGAUAAGACUGUUUAUACUUGUUGGUCAAUUCCAACCACUGAUAUGAUUCAAGUAUUUCCUCAACUUUUGGAAACGAAUGGAAAUAAGAAUUUGAAACCAAAUAUUUUCAUUUCCAAAAUGAAGGAUGAGAAUUCACAACAAACAGCAUUCAUUCAUAAAGGAAGAGCCAAUCCAAAACAAUUCUUGGAACAAGUGAAAAAGGAAAUGAAAGAAAGAGGAGAAUUGAAUGCAUAUGUUGGUGUUUUAGUUUGUGGUCCAGAACAAUUGGUAACUUCAGUUUCGAAUGCCAUUUGGGAUGCAAAUGAAAGAAAUGGAAUUAGAUUCCAUCUCCAUAAGGAAGUUUUUACGUGGUAGAAUAAACACAUGUUUCUAAUGGAAUUCCAGAAUGUAGUGAUUUAUUCUAGAAUAAAAACUCGCAGUCAGCAAAUCUUGAACUAUCCACUAAUUUUUCAAGUUUUCUAAUCAUGAAAAUCCAACUAUUGUUGUGUUCUGUCUUUUUGGUAAAAAACACAAUCAUAUUAUCCAAUCCAAUACUCAGGUUCAAAUCAUAUCCAUAUCUAGCUAAGUAUGGAGCAAAUCUAACCUUUAGCAAAGACAAAUGAUUAAAUUGAACCAUUUUUUCACUCUCUUUGAUAAAUUUAGUUCCAUCCUCUUGCUCGUCUUCAUUUUCAGGUACAGCACUUAUUGAUCUGAUUCCAGAUGAGUCUCCAGAGAAGAAGAAUGUUCUAUCAUCUCUUAUUGAGCUAUUAGCUUGAUGAUAUUGGAAAGGAACUAACAUUUUGUUCAAAUAGUUAGAAUUGUGAAUACCCGUAAUAAAUCUAGAAUCUAAAUUUUUCGUAGCAUCUUUAGAACAUUCCAGUACCAUCG